UUUUGACAACUCGUAAUAAAUUUAAAUUUAAAAAAAAAAAACAAAAGAAAUUAAAAUCUGGUUUUCAUUUUCUACGUUUCCCUUUUUCCGAUAGUGGUUACUUUUUUUCUCUUUUUAUAAUUCAUCUUGAAAAAUUUCGACAAUUUUGAAAUAAAUUUUUCACUUAAAAAUGUUAUAAGUAAGAAUUGAUGUGAUAUAUCUUAAAAAGCUUUAACAAGAAAAAAAGUACAUACAUAUAUAUAAAAAAAAAUACGUAAUAACCAGCAGCUGAAAAAGUCGACAUUACCUUAUCGAAAAAUUUAGAAGAAAAUGAAUAUAAACCUUAAUGGCCAUAUUAGAUUACCUGUACCUGUUAUUAAAAAAAAAGUUAUUGGCGUAUUACGUGAAACAGAUGAAAAUCCUUUGAAAAAUAAUGGAAAAAUCAUUACUACAACAAAUGGUAAUAAUAUAAAUGGAUACGCAAGAAAUACGACUGUCAUUAAUGGGCAAGGAAAUCUAGUCGAUAUUUGCAAACGUCGCAUGGAUUGGACAAGACAAUGGCUGAUAAAAAAUCAAUUUAUGUUAGCUGAAAAUUUGCUGCCUGAAUUAAAAGCAAAUGAAAUAUAUUAUUUUAAUGAUUAUUUUAAAAUGACUGAAAAACAAUUUAGAUACCUUGUAGUUAAACUUGCGCCGAUAAUAACAAAAAAAGAACCACAAAGGAAAAAAAAAUCUUUUAGUGCUGAGGAGAGAUUAGCAAUAUCAUUAAAAUAUCUAGCUACUGGCGAGUUUCACUCCUGUAAGCAUUAUUGUUUCAAAGCCUCUCAAAACGUGAUACAAACAAUGAUAACAGACAUAUGCCUAGCAAUUUACGAAACUUUACAUAACGACUACAUAAAAAGUCCAAAAACCGCUGAUGAGUGGCGUGAAAUAUCACAGGGGUUUACAAAAGAGUCAAAACUGCCAAAUUGUACGGGUUCCUUAAUAGCCCGGCAUAUUCUUUUUAAAAGACCAAAACAGCCCAAUGUUCGUUAUAAUCCAAAACAUGUGGAUGACAAAACUAUGAUAUUAAUGGCAAUUGUUGAUGCUUACAUGAAUUUCAUAUAUGUUGAUAUUGGUCAGAGAAGUUUUUUGGAAGAUCGUACUAUUUUUGAAUCAUCUCUGCUUAAAGAACGUAUUGAAAGUGGCUCUUUAAAUUUACCAUGCAAUGAUAAAAUACCAAAUGAAAAUAAAGUGCUUCCUAGUUUUUUUGUCACGACAGACAAAAUGCCAUUAAAAACUUAUUUGAUGAAACAAUAUUGUCAUAGUGAGAGUCUUAAUCUUUAUCAAACUGGAACUAUUAAAAGUGGCAGUACAGAUAGUAAUUAUGAUUCAAGCGAUGAUGCAAGCACAAUCCCUGAACAAAUGCAUUUUGAUUCGAAAAUUAAUUUCAUUAAGGAUAAAGGUGAUUCAACUUUAACAAAUUUAAUAAAUAUGUUUCCUAUUUUAAUGGACCCAUUCAAAUUAGACUAUGAAAUGGCUAAAAAAGUCACAUUAGGAUGCAUAACAUUAUACAAUUUUUUGAGAAAGACUAAUAGAGAAUUGGGAUUUUUAAAUAAUUUGACGAAUCAAGAUUCUGAUAAUGAAAAAACAAAAUGUUUUGCGCAAAUCCAACAACAAGAUACCAGUGAAAAUAAUGACACUUUAGCGCAAUCACAAAGAAACUUCUUAAUGUUUUAUGUUAGUAAACAUUUGGGCAACAUAAAUUGAAAAAUUAAACAAAAUUUAAAUAUGCAUUCAAAAUCUGAUAAAAAUAUUUAAAUGAUUGUUAUUAUAACGCGGAGAUAUAUGAUAACCAUAAAGAUUUAUACAUACGCAUUCUUCUAAUUUAAUACGUCUUUGAAUAUGUUGAUGAUUUUAAUUUUUACCUAAACAAUUUGAAAUCAAUUCUAUUUUUUUCAUUUUCAUAAAUAAAAAAUUUAUUAUUUGAUAGUAUAUAUGUAUUUGAUAGAAUUUUGAUUUAAAGUAAUAUACUGCAAUUCAUAAGCGAUAGAAUGCAAUAAAUUUUUACAUUA